AUGAGUUAUCGUUCUAGAGACUCUAAUCUUUGGAAUAUGUUGAAGCACGGUACGGUGAGAGCAGAAUCAGAAGAUGCUGAUGCUGAUAAGAGACUAGUAGGUGCUGAUGAUAAGAGACUAGUAGGUGCUGAUGGCGAUGGCGAUGGCGUUGGCGAUGGUGUUGGCGUUGCAGCUAAUCUAGAUGAAAGUGGCUCCGAUGACUCCGAUUCAGACGAAGACGUUGCCGAAAGCAAGCCAUUGUUGAGAACGACAUCGACUAUGACCGAGUCGGAGUUUUCACCUGAUGAAAAGAAAGAAAAGCCAGAGUUUAUGGAUUUAGAAGCUAAUCCAUUGAAGCCAAAUGCAACUAAUGGAACCCAUAGGAAACGUUCAAAUUUGAAAAGAAGGAUUUUUUAUUCUUUAGUACCUGCAAUUUGUAUUAUUUGGCUACUUUGCAGUUUCUACAAUCCUAAACACGGGUUUAAUUGCAAUAAAGUUGAGGUAUUCCAGAACCCAGAAGUUUUCUUUAAAGCAAUUUUAGACGUGGAUGAUGGCACGGUACAACAUCCUCUGACCUUUUAUAGAAAUCUGUUGAAUUUUGUUGAAACCGUUUUCGAAUAUGGAGAAGAAGCUAACAAGGCUAAAGAAAUCCAAGAAGUUGCUAAUCCAUUUGUUCCAAGUCCAAGAUAUGGUAAACCUGUUUAUAAAACUAUUUUGCUUGAUCGCCACUCAUUUGGCAAUUCAUAUGGACAUCCCAAAAUUGUCAAGUUUACAAUUCCUCAAAAUGUUACGUUCAACGCAGUUGUCUUGAAUUUGUUAACCGAAAUUGAUGGAAUUCAACACGAUAGACUAGCUAAUAUUUUUGUCAAUGGUGUUCAAAUCUGGAGAUCGUCAACAAUCGAACCUAGCGGAGAAAAAGUUUUUAGUAUUGUGAAUAAGGAUGUUUCAAAGUAUGCUAAAUUAUUUGAAGGAAAAGAUAACGAACUUUUAUUUGAAUUGAAUAACAUUGUUGAUGAUCAUUAUACCGGUGCUAUCAAUAUUACGUUGGGUGCAGAGUUUUUCCAUUUUGACCCAAAGCAUCAUCUUCAAGGGCACGCCGAAAUUUCCCAUAUGAAGGGACAUCAUGGGAAAGAAGAGGAGCAGUAUGGUUCUGGUUUGGUUUCCGACUCAGACUCAGACUCAGGCUCAGGCUCAGACUCAGACUCAGAUGUAGAGGAUAAUGAGAGAGAAAGUCAUAAUAGAGAAGAUAAGGAGCAUGAUAAACCACCUCACGGUAAACCACCUCAUGAUAAACCACCUCACGGUAAACCACCUCAUCACAAACCACCACACCAUGAGCCACCUCAUGGUAAACCACCACACCAUGAGCCACCUCACCAUGAACCACCUCACCAUGAACCACCUCACCAUGAGCCACCUCACCAUGAGCCACCACACCAUGAACCACCUCACGGUAAACCACCACAUCACAAACCACCUCACCAUGAGCCACCUCAUGGUAAACCACCACAUCACAAACCACCUCACCAUGAGCCACCUCACCAUGAACCACCUCAUGGUAAACCACCACAUCACAAACCACCUUUCCACAAAGAUCUCCGUCUUUUCAAGAUUAUGAGACCUGCGGAUUCUAUUCACGCAUUAACCACUGCUGAGAAGGGUCACGCUCCGGUUGAUUAUCUUUCAUCCAGUAGACUCAAGGUCAAGUUACCAACAGUUGCUAAAAAUACAACUCGUUUACAACUUUCGGUCUUCACUUCGGGAAAUGCGGGAGAAACGUUUUGGUACAAUAAUGUUGUUGAUGAAUACAAAAACAUCUUUAAAGAAGAAGGAAAUGAGUUUAUUGGUAAGGGCCCCUUAAGAUUGGUUAAUGUUUACUUCAAUGGCCAGAAAAUUGCAUCACAAACACCUGAACCUGUUAUAUUUACUGGAGGUAUUUCGCCGGCAUUAUGGUCACCUGUUGUUUCCAAUUCAGCUUUUGAUGUUCCAUCUAUUGAUCUUGAUGUUACUCCACUAUUACCAUUCCUUUGGGAACACCAAAGUCCCGGUGACCAGUUUUUGGAAAUCGAAGUAAGCAAUGGAUUAGGUGAAGUUGGUUUAUCAAACACCACUGCGGUCAACGAGAACUGGAUUACGUCUGCUAACUUGUUGGGUUUCCAACAUCCAGACGUUGUUGACUCUUCUGGUACUUUAAUCAAUGUUGACCAUUCAAAUAGAGCCCAUGUUUUCCCUAUUGCGAUUCCAUUUUCUCAUUCUUUUCAACAGAUUGUUAAUGGUAUUUUCAGCGCCCAGCUCAUUAGUAAUUUGAGCUUUACUUUGAGGAACAACAAGACUUUGAACACAACGUUUAGUUCAUAUUCCAAGGGUGAGAUAUCAAAUAUACAGCAUUACGCAUUCGACGGUAAUGUUCAAGCUCUUGUUCAUGUUGGACAUUCCUCCAGCUCGAUUUUGAUUCAGGACAAUGAUAUUCCAGCAUAUCCGCAAAGCAGGAACUGUCACAAGAGGAUACCAGAAAACAUCAUUCAUUCAGUAAAUACAUCAUUGAGCUAUCCAUUAGUAUUGAAAACAAAUACGGUGAAAAAGGAGGUUGGAAACGAUGCUCAGUAUGAUAUUGAGUAUGAUGUAAAAAUUGUCAAUGUUAAAGACUUGAGUAUGAACUUUGACGUUGGCUUUGGUGAUAUUAAUGUGAAGAGCAUUCAAAAUGGUACAUCGAAAUACUUUCUUUCUAGCGAAGGAAAUCAUGGAUUUGGUAGCUUAACCUCGAGAUACAAGAAUAGAGUUAGUUUUGGCGAAAACUUUAGAAGGGGAUUUAGAAGAAGAGUGGAUGCUGUGAAUGGGACAAUUGUUGAUGAGAGGUUAGAUUUCGGUCCAGAUAAAACCUGUAAUCCUAACCGUCAUCACUAUAAAUCCGGACACCAUGAUGAUGGGUCGGAUAAGCACCGUGCCAAAGGUGGUAGACAUCAUCCUAAAUCAACACACCACAAUCAACUAAGUAAAACCCAAAGGGAAAAUCAUCCUCAAGCUUUAUUCCAUAUGUAUAGGCAUAUGAUUUUAGGAAACAACCUUAUUCAUAAAGGGGAAAGUGCCAUUGAUGUUAUUAAGUCAGGUUUAUGGAAGGAUGAUCCUGUAGAGUUGGCUUAUCAAUUGUCCCCAACUCUUUUUAUCAAUGAGAGAAUUGAGUCAAUCAUAAAUUCAAAGAACGUCAAUGCUGAAGAAUAG